AUGCCAACGCCUCUGCAAGUUGCUGGGUACAGCGCCAACGACAUCCAGGGCAAGAUCGACUUGCUGAUUGACAACCUGGUAAAUAUCAAAGAUAAGACUGGACAAUUCCUGCUGGAGCUGCCAGAUGGGCGUGUUAUUGACACCAAGGGUUGGAACGACUGGGAAUGGACACAUGGGAUCGGCCUGUACGGCCUGUACCAAUACCACUCGCUUCAGCCCAAAUCGCAGGCUAUGUUAGUGAUCAAGGAAUGGUUCGAUGGUCGCCUAGCGGAAGGUACGACCAAGAACAUCAAUACCAUGGCCGUCUUCCUUACGCUUGCGUUCGUGUAUGAGGAGACUGGCGAACGCAGCUACAUCCCAUGGCUGGAUCGAUGGGCGGAAUGGGCCAUGUAUGAGCUACCGAAGACUCGGUAUGGUGGCUUCCAACAUGUCACUUACAAUCUAGAAAACAAGGGCGAGCUAUGGGACGAUACGCUGAUGAUGACGGUGAUGCCGCUCCUCAAAAUUGGGAAGAUGUUGAACAGACCCCACUAUGUCGAGGAAGCCAAGCGUCAAUUCAUGUUGCAUGUCAAUUAUCUCCAAGAUCGGCAAUCAGGGCUGUGGUUCCACGGAUGGAAGUUUGACGAAAGUGUUGAGGGCGGUGUUGGUCACAACUUCGCCCGAGCGAGGUGGGCAAGAGGAAACGCGUGGAUCACUAUUGCGAUACCUGAGUUCAUCGAAAUAGCGGAAUUGCCGGAGGGAGAUGCGUUGCGGCUGUACCUUGUCGACGUCUUUCGAGCUCAGUGUGAGGCUCUCCGAAAGUAUCAACUGCCCAACGGCAUGUGGAACACGGUACUGGACGUUCAGGACGAGAGAAACUAUGAGGAAGCAUCCGCAACGGCCGGAUUCGCCUAUGGAAUGCUCAAAGGCGUCCGGAAGCGAUACAUUGGAGACGAGUACACCGAGGUCGCAAUGAAGGCCAUAAAAGCUGUGAUUGACAGGAUAAGUCCGUCAGGUGAGUUGCAGGAUGUCAGCUUUGGCACAGCCGUGGGAGCCGACUUGAAGCAUUAUUAUGAUAUCGAGAGGACGAGCAUGCCGUACGGACAAGCUCUUGCUAUGCUGGCGUUAACAGAACAUCUAAGAGCCUUUAUAUAA